AUGGCUUCCUCCUCCUCCUCCUCCUCCUGCGACGCCACGGGCGUGCCGUUCACCCUGCUGGGCGCGCUCAUCACCGCCGGCCCCGCCGCCUGGCCGGCCUGCGUCGGCGGCGGCCGCGCCUUCCUCCGGGACUACGCGCGGCGCGGGACCAACGCGCUGCUGUGGGCGGGCCUCCUCGCCGUCACUUGGGUCCUGCUCCUCCGCGUCGCCGCGCUGCUCCGCCUCUGGGCGCUUGGCUCCCGCAUCCCGGGGCCCCGCGCGCUCCUCGCCGAGCCCGGACUCGCCGCCAUCUUGCGCAACGGCGGCGACAUCACUGGUUUUCUGUCAAAAUUACAUGGGAGAUAUGGCCCAGUUGUUCGCCUGUGGGUAGGACCCUCUCAGCUAUUUGUAUCAGUUAUAGAUCCUACUCUAGUUAAGGAGGUGCUAACAAAGGCUGAAGACAAGUUACCAUUGACUGGGAGGACAUAUAAUUUAGCUUGUGGAAAACUUGGCUUGUUUGUGUCCUUAUUCCAAAAGGUCAAAAGUACAAGAGAUUCUCUCAAAAUAUUUUUGAAUGAAAAACUUACAGUUGGUGCCGAUCAAAGCUCAUUCAAAAUUAUCGAUGCUGUCCUGAAUAGAGUCAACACUAUUAUGUCCAAGGAUUUUAUGGACACUAGAUCUUUCUCCCAGCACAUGGCAUUCAAUAUCAUUGGUGCAACUCUUUUGGGUGAUGCCUUCUUCGAUUGGUCUGACGCUGCUGCUUAUGAGGAACUUCUUAUGCUAGUCGCAAAGGAUGGUUGCUUCUGGGCUUCUUAUGCAAUUCCACCGUUCUGGAGGCCUAGUUAUAGGAGGUAUCGGACCCUAUGUGCUAAGCUGAAGAUAUUAACAGAGAGCGUCAUCAGAAAAUCAAGACAAAACAGUUCACUUAAUCAUUUUGAUCAGAGAUCUUGUCUGAAAAGUGAAGGGACAGAUCCAAAUACACAUGUUUUAGACAACAUAAUGGCAAGUCAUUGUCUCCAUGGGGCUGCUGGAGGACCACUUAAUUCAGAAGAGGAAAUAUUUGGAAACAUCAUUGGGUUUGAUGUUGCAUGGCUUGUCUUGUUCCCAGAAUUGCAAGAUCAGCUACACGCAGAGAUUGUUUCAGUCUCUAAUGAAUCAUCUAAACUGGAGGUCGACGAUCUGCUUAGGAUGCAAGUCCUACUUGCUACUUUAUGUGAAUCUGCUCGCCUUUUGCCUGCUGGACCUCUUCUGCAGCGAUGUUCUUUGAAACAUGAUUUGAGGCUUGGCUCAGGUAUCACUGUGCCAGCUCGAUCAACAUUAGUAGUUCCUUUGCAUCUCGUGCAAAUGGAUGCUUCUGUUUGGGGUGAUGAUGCUGACCAGUUCAAUCCUCAUCGGUUCCUUAAAAAGGACGUUGAUAUUGGAGAAAUAUUAGGAGCACCUAAAGGAUCAAAUAGGAUAAAUAUUUUCAGCGAGUGUGCCAAGACUGAAUCAUUUCUUCCAUUUGGUUCUGGGAGUCGAGAAUGUGUUGGGCAGAAGUUUGUGGUUCUUGCAAUAUCGAUGUUGAUUGCCAGUCUCCUCCGCAGCUAUGAGGUACAGCCUCAUCCUAGUUUGUCUAAAGAAAUGGACACAGCAGUUGACAGCAGCCACCUUCAUCUCCCAAACCCUAAGAUCAUCCUCACCAAAAGAAGGAUCUGA